UUCAAAACUAAUAAAGAAAACGGGCAGGAAAACCCCUAAGUACUGUUGUAUUUGUAAAGGAAUUUACAGAGGAAAGGUUAUUGAUGGGAGAAAAGUGUCAUUGCACCGUUUUCCUCAGAACAAACGUUUAAAACGUGUGUGGGUGCAGCGAUGUAAAACGGUCAUGAGAUCGUUCCAGUGGAAUGAACACAGACGAUUGUGUAGUGAGCAUUUUGUUGGCUUCAGAGGACCUUCAUUCCAGCAUACACUUCCAUCUAUGUUUCCAACUGAGACUGGUGCUACCAAAACCUUCCAGCCAACGCUCCUUGAUGAAGACGUAGGUGAUGAUGAUGAUGGUGAUACGGUCAAUGACGAUUUAGACCUAGAACUGUCAAAUGAUGAUAGUAUACAGCCACAACUGUCAUUUGUAUCCCCUUCCGGGCAUGCCAUUGAUACCUCUGUCCACCUGCAUGAUUACUGCAUGGGACCAGUACUACAGCCACAGAAUCAGUCCUUUAGAUGUUGUGACACACAGACUGAGAACAACUGUGCAGUGAUGGAAGUACAAACUGAAGAAAGUUUCCUGGGAAAAACAGCAGACUUCAGUUCACAAACAGAACAUUCUACUAGAGACUUUGGUGUACAAUGUCAGCUACCUAUGCUCACAUAUGAUGACGUAAAAUACAAUGACGAUUUGGUCAGUUUUUACACCGGAAUCCCUAAUCGAGUUGUGUUUGAAGCUUUGUUUGAUGAAAUCAAGGAUGAAGCUGAAGUGCGGACAUCAAGGCGGAAACUUAACUAUAAAGAUUCAGAUGGAGGACGGCCAAGAACUCUAAGUGUUCUGGAUGAAUUUUUCAUGGUGCUGAUGCGCCUACGUCUAGGUCUGUUAUUUGAAGAUCUAGGUACUAGGUUUUGCAUAUCCACUUCACAAUGUAGUGACAUUGUUGAAAGAUGGAUCAACUAUUUACAUGUACAAUUAUCCUUUCUUGUUCAAUGGCCAUCUCGUGAGGUAGUGAAAAAUAACAUGCCUGAACAAUUUAAAGAGAAAUAUUCUAACACUAGAAUUAUUAUCGACUGCACUGAAAUUUACAGUGAAACAUCCAGUUCUCUUUCUUUGAAAAGUUUAAUGUACAGUGAUUACAAGUCUCACAUGACUCAUAAGAUUUUGGUGGGUAUAAGCCCAAAUGGUGUUGUAACUUUUGUUUCUGACUGUUGGGUGGGCUGUACCAGUGACAAGAAACUCACAGAAAAAUGUGGACUCUUGGACUUGCUUGAAGAAGGAGACGCCAUAAUGGUUGAUAAGGGUUUCACUAUUACAGACCUUACUACUCCAAGAGGCAUUCAUCUCAUUAUUCCACCAUUUAAACAGAAAGGAAAACAAUUCUCUAAACGUGAGGUUCUCCUUACAAAAGAUAUUGCAAGUUUACGAAUACAUGUUGAAAGGCAAAUGGAGAGAAUCAAGAACUUUCGAAUAUUGCAUGGCAAUAUUCCUAUAACACAGUCAAGGAGAAUUUCUAAAGUGUUCAAAAUAUGCACAUAUUUGACAAAUCUAUGGCCACCACUUGUUCAAUAAUAACUCAUGUGUCAAUGAAAGCGUUUGUAUAUAUCAAGCAUUAGAUUUAGGGAUAAAAACUUGUAUACUUCUAACUAGAACAAUGAAAUUACAAUUUUGUU